CCAGUUUUGGCAUGCCCGCUCAAAACCCAGAACAGCCUGGUGGUUUUGCUACGGAUUACUACACUAUGCAAAGUAGAAGGCGAAACUUGGGAAGAAAUUUUAACAUGAAUGCAUUGCAAUCAAACGGGAUGCUUAGAAGAACUUUCAAUGAAAUGAAUAGCAGAAGACUAGCCAACAGAGCAGAAAGUGAAUAUUCAAGGUCAGCUAGGUCUAGACAAUCUGCCAACAGACGGAUGUUACUUCCAGGCUCGAGUUAUUUGGAUACACCAGUCAGUACGCCGUCACCAAAUAUACCAGAUGGGUUUGUGUAUAAGCCUGGUAAUGAACCACAUCUUGCAGCGGAAAAACAAUUCCUUGAACAACAGUUUUACCUCACUAAUGAGUUAUCGGGCCCAGUGAGUCAAAACAAGCAAACGGUACAGACUGACCGGAUAGGGGAAGUUACUGAGCAAGAACGAAUUCGUGACCAGAUGCAGAUGAGCCGAGCAAGACAAGAAAGGUUACUAAGGCAACAAUUCUUUGGACUUGAAGGUCCGAUUGCAAACAAUGAUCUGAACAGCGAAAGAUAUGGUGUUAGUGGCCCGUUUGACGGCGGCGUACCCUCUCUCCCCGGUGAAGUAAAAGGGCUGCAUAACAUGCAUGGAUCAGAGGCGCAAAGUGCAAUACACAACGUUGAAGCCUUGCACUAGAAAAACAAUAUUACACAUCGUAGUGUGAUAACAUAUAAAGAAAACAUUCAGCCUUUAAAUUGUGUUGGAAAAGCAAUUCUGUGUUGUUUCAUACUUAGUAUUUCAGUAAUGUAAUCUUGGAAAAGUGCAUCAUGUACUUAAAAUCAGCGUCCGAAGAGUUAUUUAUAGGACGCAAAUGAAAAAAACGAAUCGUUUGCU